AUGGUCCAUUUCUUGCACCCGAUGCUGUGGCCGCGGGGCCUCGUCCUGCCCAACGCCCAGGAGGACCCGCUGGGCCACUGCAUGGUGCAGGAGGAGGCAUCACCGCACUCUUUGUUCGCCAUCUGCCUGGAUGUCUUGAUUGCUCACUUGGAGAAAUGGUGUUCUGAAAGGCCUGAUGGAACGUUGUGCCUUCCAGAGUAUUGGUGUUUCCCUCAGGAAAUAGCUGAUAAGUUCCUGGAGAGGUUGGCUUGGCAAGGCAAACUGACUGACAGGACAGCAGGCAUUUUCCAAGGCAAGCAGAUGAGCCUGAAGCGGCUCAAAAUCCAGAAAGCUAAGCUGUCCGCAGCAGCCUUCACGAGAGCCUUCUGCCAUCACAAGCUUGUUGACGUGGACGCCGCCUCAGUGGACCCUGAGCUUCCAGCCCCAGACAUCAUCCAUGGCCUCGGAAGUAAUGCCUGGAUCCGGGAAAACCUUCAGUGUCUUGUGUUAGACUCAGCCAGUGCCCCUGAAAACUCAAGACUGCCGACCUUGGGCCAGUUCACUGGCGUUCACACUCUAAGCGUUGCCAAUGUGUCCUUUUGGAGUGAAGACCUAGUUAGCGUUUCUCAGUUACCGAACCUGGAGAGCUUGGAUAUCUCCAAUACUCACGUCACCGACAUCUCUGCACUGCUCACCUGCAAGAACCGGCUCAGAUCUUUCACCAUGCACUAUCUGAAGUGCCUGGCCAUGAGCAACUCACAAAUCCUUGCAGUCAUCAGACAGCUGAACCGCCUGCGUCACCUUGACAUUUCUGAUCACGGGCAGCUCAGAUCCAACCUGGCUUUCCAUCUGUUACAGCAGGAGGAAAUCCUGCCCGAGCUUGUAUCCCUGGAUAUCUCAGGGGGCACUGACGUCACGGAUGCGGCCGUGGAGUCCUUUCUGCGGCAGCGGCCUGAGAUGCGCUUUGUGGGACUCUUGUCUACAGAUGCUGGUUAUUCUGAUUUCUUUAUGACAAAGCAAGGCUUGAAGGUUGCUGGAGGAGCCAACAUGAGUCAGAUUUCUGAAUCACUGAGCCGGUACAGGAGCAGGUCGUGUUUUUUGAAGGAAGCUCUCUACAGGCUCUUCACAGAGACGCUGUCACUGCAUACCAUCAUGCCUACUGUUCUAAAGCUUGUGGUUAUAGGAAUGAGGAAUCAUCCAUUGGAUCUGCCAGUGCAGUUCACAGCCAGCGCUUGCAUCCUUAACCUGAUACACCAGGACUUGGCCAGGGGAAUGCCUGUUCGCCUGUUGUCAGAGGCCAUCUGUCUACUUUUGAAAGCAAUGAAAAAUUUCCCCUACUACCAACAGUUACAGAAGAAUUGCCUGCUCUUCUUAACCAGUUCUAGGAUUCUUGUGGAUGUUCCGUUUGACAGGUUUGAUGUUGCCAAGCUUGUCCUGGGGUGGCUGUGCAGGCGUGAGAACCCCAAGAUGCAAACAAUGGCAGUGAGCAUCACCUCCGUCCUGGCCCUGAAGCUCUCACCCAAGGAGAAGGACCAGUUGCAAGAAGAGCUCAUUCUGGCAGUGAAGGAACUUCUAGCAAUAGCCAGACAAAAGACGACUGAGAAUUUAAACGAUGUUACCUUCUUGUUUACUCUGAACGCACUUUGGAAUCUUACAGAUGAGUGUCCAUCGGCCUGCAAGUACUUCAUUGCGAAUGAUGGAUUGUCAGUCAUCAUCCAAGUCUUAGAGACAUUCUCAGAGUCUGUGAUACAAAACAAAGUACUUGGUCUUUUGAACAACGUAGCUGAAGUCAGAGAGCUCGCCUCCGCGUUGAUGACAGAAGACCUGAUGGGACACAUCGUCAGUUUGCUCCACAGCGAAAACAUAGAAGUGAGCUUCUUUGCUGCAGGCGUGGUAGCCCAUCUGACUUGCGACCGACAGCACUGGCUGUCCCGUGACCGGCAAAGGAAUGACCUUCUCCAGGACUUGCACUUAACCAUGCAGAAUUGGCCAAGUUCACAGUGUAAGAUGUCAGCAUUGGUGACCUACAGAUCUUUCAAACCAUUGUAUCUACUCCUUGGCAACUUCUCUCAGCCAGAAGUUCAACUCUGGGCACUGUGGGCCAUGCAUCACGUCUGCAGUAAAAACCCUAGCAAAUACUGCAAACUGUUGGUAGAAGAAGGAGGACUGCAGCUCAUAUGUGACAUCCAGGAGCACGGUCAGACCAGUGCCCAGGUGAGGCAGAUGGCCGCCUCCAUCCUGGGGGACUUCAGGAUGCACUUCACAGGCUACCAGAGACCCCCACAGCUCCAGGGUCCUUUUUGACCUAGGAGCCUUUGAGGGGUGCUGCUUCUCAAGGGCAGGGCUUCUGCCUUUGGGUAAUGGGAUUUUGAAAGCAGUUGUUGGGGGUUAUCAAUUGUUGGGGUUUAUCAUUUGACUAUCUUGGUGUUUUCCUCUGUGACAAAAAGGUUGGGUCCUGGGCCAGGGCAGUGGUGGUGUACACCUUUAAUCCCAGGGCUUAGGAAGAGGAGGCAGGUGGAUCUCUGUGAGUUUGAGGGCAGCCUGAUCUACAGAGGGAGUUCCAGGACAGCCACUAUACAGAGAAAGAAACCAUGUCUCAAAAAAACAAAAAACAACAACAAAAAA